AUGUUCUUCGACCGCUCAUUGUAUAUCCUCUUCCUAAUCGGACUAACCCUAAUCAUCGGCCUCGAAAAAACCAUCGCCUUCUUUUCCCGCCGCCAAAAACUCAAAGGCACCGCCGCAUUCACUCUCGGGAUUCUUCUCAUACUUUUCCGGUGGCCGCUGACUGGCUUUUUGAUUGAGCUCUACGGUCUAUUCAUCCUCUUCGGUGAUUUCCUCGUCACGAUUGGCCAAUUCGCGGCAAAUAUACCCGUUGUCGGGCCGGUUAUCCAGCGGGUCCUAGAGACGCUGGCGGGGGGUAGGAGGAACGCGGAGUUGCCAGUUUAG